AUGGAGAAAAUCACACAAUUCAUCUAUAUUCUGGGUUUUAUGUUCCUCAUGGCCACCUUCAUGAACGGAACAUCCAUACAUCGACAUCAUAACAAUCAAAAACUUCAAGACACAGCUUGCGUGACCACGACUAUUCGUAACCAUGCAUGUCAUGGUGAUCAAUGUCGAAACAGCACAACUUAUAUUCACGGUUGUGAUACCUACGAUGGUGGUGAAUGUGAUAAUUUAACUGUUCAAUACAAUAUUCACAAUGUUAGCAGUUGGCGAAACACCACCUGUGAUCUUUAUGCUUGUCAGGAUUAUAUAUUCGAUGCAAACGAUUGCGCAGACGCAAAUUUAACAUUUCGUUCGUGUACAAAUGGCGAUUGUCAUAGUGGUUUGUCUUUUAUUCAUGGUUGUUUCGAUGACAGUUUUCUUAUGAACCAAUUGACUGGUCCUUCUGUUNAUCAAUGUCGAAACAGCACAACUUAUAUUCACGGUUGUGAUACCUACGAUGGUGGUGAAUGUGAUAAUUUAACUGUUCAAUACAAUAUUCACAAUGUUAGCAGUUGGCGAAACACCACCUGUGAUCUUUAUGCUUGUCAGGAUUAUAUAUUCGAUGCAAACGAUUGCGCAGAUGCAAAUUUAACAUUUCGUUCGUGUACAAAUGGCGAUUGUCAUAGUGGUUUGUCUUUUAUUCAUGGUUGUUUCGAUGACAGUUUUCUUAUGAACCAAUUGACUGGUCCUUCUGUUCUCGAUUUUCUUGGUAUUGAUGAUCGACUCAAAGACUAUUUCAAUGUUCCUUGUAUCAAUCUCCUUUUUGAUGUUUUGAGUCAACGUCAUCCUAACAAAGCCGACAACAAUCGACCAUCAUACGAUCGAAUACGAUAUCCCACUGCUCAAUAUACUCGUCAUAGUCAUCGUCUUCCGAUAGUCGCAUUUCUUUUAGCUCUGACAAGUCAAUUUAUCAGUUUGAAGCCAAGUUUUCCCAUUUUUUAUCGAUGUGCUCGACAAACAAUCAUUUUUUCACCUACUGAAGGCGGUGAAUCACCAUGA